CAUGCUGUUUUCUUUACCUUUCCCCGGCCUUGUCGAGGGUGGGUGGUGUGAUGUCGGUUAUGGGGGCCGGUAAGUUUCCGCCCUGGGCUUUUGUUGUUCCUGGAGCACAUAAAGAAGAGUGGCUAGUAUGGGGGUUGAACCCGUGACCUUGGCGUUAUUAGCACCACGCUCUGACCAACUGAGCUUACCGGCCACUGGACACCAUUGCAAUAUUUUAUGUUUUUUUUAAUUUUAUGUACCCCGAAGCAGACUCAAUCGGUACGCUGGGGUCUGAGGGCGAUAAGUGGGUACCUGGUGGACACCUUGUUUGUGCUCUUGACAGGUAUUUCGGGACAGUUUAACAAUUGGCUUUUGAUGGUGGAACAAGCUAAAACAAGGAAAACAAAUUUUUUAGCGCGCCUGGGAGUGGGCUCCUUAUUGCAAAUAGUUCCCGCUGUAAUUUCCGCCGAGUGUCCCUGAUGAAUACAUCCACUGCUCCAGAAGCAGCCUCGGCUAAUUGUUGGCCAUUCGCCAUAGCGCACCCCGAGGUUACAGAGGUCAAAGGUAAGCCCAUAUUCAGCAGCACACUGGCGAAAGGUAAAUUUAUGUGCAUUACCGUUUCCACAGGUGCCCGAUUGGUACAACCCGGCAUUAAUAUCUCUUGGUGUAAUUCUACUUUACAGAUGGAUGCCUUCUUCCGGCCGAUACUCAGGGCUGACCUCUGGUGGUGGUGCGGUGGCACACGGUGCAAACGUCUCCUUUUUGCCCUCAAAAUACAAGGGCAACAGGACAAUCCCUUGGUUCCACCAAGACUUGAACUUAGACCACUGGAUUCAAAGUCCGGGGUGCUAACCAUUACACCACGGAACCUGCAAGGGUACAGACAGCGCCGGGCCCUGAAGUACAUCCUGUCAGAUUACAUUAGCGUUGAUAUAACUUCACUGAGGGUAAUUUCUCUACGCCUUCGGGCUGGGGAAAAGGUCCUAACUGUCAUUUGUGCGUACGUGCCAAACGGCAGUGCGGAGUACCCGGUCUUUUUGGAGUCCUGGUGACUCCGUCGUUCUACUGGGAGACUUCAACGUCCAUGUGGGCAAUGACAGUGUGACCUGGAGGGGCGUGAUUGGGAGAAACGGCCUCCCUGAUCUGAGCCCGGGCAGUGUGAUGUUAUUAGACUUCUGUGCGAACCACAGUUUGUCCAUAACUAACACCAUGUUCGAACAUAGGGAUGUCCAUAAGUGCACUUGGCACCAGGACACCCUUGGCUGCAGGUCUAUGAUCGACUUUGCAGUUGUGUCGUCAGACCUGCGUCCGCAUGUUCUGAUCAGGCGGGUGAAGAGAGGGGCUGAGCUGUCAACUGACCAGAUUAAGGUUCCUUACGCUCAGGAGGCACUGGUUGAAAUCCCACAGCUGGCAUUUUCCUGGUCAGCUCCAUUAUCCACGACUGGAAUGAUUUGGCAGCAAAAGACUGUCAGAUUGUACAAGACACCUGAACAUCUUGAGAAGAAGAUUAAGAGAGGUUUUGUUCUAAUGAGAAGGGUUUGUUUGUUGACAUUGUGACAUACAAAAGAGGAACUCCCCGUCGGGGAAUCGAACCCCGGUCUCCCGCGCGGCUGGCGGGGAUAGUUCAGCUGAAACGAGCUAAAUUUUCCCCAUUCAUUUCCAAUGAGAGAGAAAGGCCACUAUGAAUGUAAUAUACUUUUGUCCAUGAGUGGCGCUGUGGCCGCUUCUGCUACACCCACCCACCACAUCCAUCCUGAACUUCAGGUAGAAAUUAACUCUAUUAAGUGUCAUUAUUUCAUAUGUUAUUUGUGUUUCUCAGAGAUUGCUGCGCACCGUUCAGGGUUGCAGAGUCUUCUGCGGAGAAACACCUCAACUGGGAUGCAUGGCAAACAACUGACACAAUUGUUACUGAGGCCACAUCUGUGUGCCUCAGAAUAUCACCCGUUAUACGGCACCUUCGCACAGUUCCUGUCGGCUGCCUUCUCUGUGGUGGACCAGGAAGACCUGCAGAGGCUCCAGGAUGCAUACGUCUUCUGUGGCAUCCAGCCUGCAAAUCCCACCAAGCAGCAUAUCGUGAGCACUGCAGGAUAAAGAUUCCUCCGCCCGGGACGCUUAUUCAGAGAGUGGAAGGGGUGUUGAAGCACUUUCACCUGACCACAGAUCCGAAUGGCAUCCCUCUUUAUAAGCCCUCCAUGCUAAAGAGAUUGAGGAUCCAACGAGUCCACAUUCUGCGCGGUUGCCUCAGUGAUCCUGAGGUGGAAGGGGGCAUACUGUACCGCCGUGGAGGAACGAUACAGUUAAACCAGGUGCCAGGUGAGCGUGCAGCAGUCCCCGUCUGGAUCCCCAUCAGAGGCACGUCGCAGCAGGAGGGCUACCACUUUCACCAGGCCAAAUGGGUGACCGGCACGCAGGUCUCCCCAGAGCUGUUCCAGGCCCAGGCCAUGACAGGAGUGUGUCGCUGGAACUAUCAGCGUCUGCUGGACCUGAAACUGCCAGGCGUUUCUCUCCCGCCUGUUUUCAACCCUGCACUGAUAUGCUCCCUGAAUGCUGUUUCCAGACGGGUCUUUGGCGAAGAAAAGUACCCUGCUCUUCGUCUGGCAGCUGAAGACACCGGGGAGAGGUUUGGCCUGGAGUACAGGGAGCCAGAAUGUUGUCCGGUCCCUUUAGACUGGGACAAACAUAUAACCAAGAAGGACCCCGGCCACGCCACAAGUGCUCCUUCUCCAGGCAUCCUGCCUGAUCAGGGAGCAGACCCAGUGCAGCCUUCCUCCACACCUCCCACCAGGCUUUUCAGCUUUGUUCACCCUCUUCAAACUGCUACUGUGACUACGUCUAGUCGUGUGGCCCCUAUCCCAGCAUCUGACUUGGACAAUAAAGCUUCUGUUACUGAGCUUCAGCCACAGCCAGAGCCCACAAGAAGAUUACCCAUCCAAUGUUCUCCGACUGCUGCCCGCACUGGACCAGUGAAGACUGGAGGGAGAGUAUUUGUGUUGGACCACAAGCGCUGGCCGUCUCCAAAGAAGUCGGCAAUUGACGAGCUCCUUAAUAAACACCGCGGGCACGAGGACAUGAUCAAGCUUGUGGUUCGGGAGUAUGGCACUCUUGUCCAGCAAAGACCCCAACAGCAUGCUGCAUCCAACAUCAAAAUUGCAUAUUCCCAAAUACAUAAUACACAACAGUAAAUUUCUCAAUACAUCAUCUUCACUAAAUACCAGCCCAGAGAAGCUGCAACAUACACAGCAGCUUUGGCAGUUGCUAAGCACUACCUCUGCUGUGCCUGUCGUGACACUGCCUGCAGCUAUGGUCAUUCCACCAUCACCACCACCACCACCAUCACCACCACCACCACCACCUGCUCAUACCCCAUUGGAGCAGGAGCAACCACCUCCCGUGUCAAAAAAACUCAAACAAAAACAUGUCUGUGCUGUCGUCAACCAAAAUCAAAAUAUCAAGGGGAUGGGACAUCAAUACAUGACUUUUAUCAGCGGGGCCGUGUCAGAUACUUUUAUUGCCCCACAAAAGUUUUCCAAAAAUAUGGUGCAGAAGGUCUGACAAACCCAGUCAAACAAAAGUUCAGUCAAACAGACUUCUUCCAGCGAGAGCUCGAUGAUACAAGAAAGAGGGUGGAGGGGAAAAAAGCAGAAGAAGAGGAAGGGGGAGGAAUCUCCUCCACCCCCUGUCCGAAAGUGCCGGUUCUGCAGGAUGCAGCUAAAGCAGGAUCCGAACAGCCCCCACAUCCACACUGGCUUUCCAGGGCAAGCAGGGAAGUACAUCUACUGCCCUGCCAAAGUCUUCUCUAUCUAUAGAGAGAACGGGAUGGAAAGAGAGAUGAGCUGGAGGGGGUUCCAGGCCUCUCCUUUUUAUGAAAAGGAGAAACAACGGCAGCAAAAUAAAUGAACAUUUUUUUUAUUAUUCAUAGCUUGUGAUUAGUAUUCAUUUUUUAUUUCUGAGAGUGUUUUUGAGUGUGGCAUGGCAACCUGAUGAAUAAAUAUUCUUUGUUACAUUGCAUUGAUUUUGUGUUUUAUUUCAAGCACUGGUAUCAAUAUAAGCCUGAUAGGAAUAGUGUGUAAUCAUAUAGGGAUUAAUUGGAAAAAAUAUAUAUUGUGGAGAAGAAAAUGGUGACUUGACUGAUGCUUAGACGGGAUUCGGACACCUGACUUCAUUUCUCCAAAGUCUCUCUGCUUGUCUGACAUCUGUCUCGCAUCCUGAUUGGCUGGCAGCAAAUGUCAACAACACAAGCGCGGCACGCGCUUGGCAAGUGAGAAUUCUACCACUGAACCACCAAUGUCACGUGGGGACACACUGUAAGAGAACAAAAUUCAACUGUCAAGUGGAUGAGCCUCUGCAAAGUGGCGCUGAAUGACAAAACAUCACAAUGUCAUACUCUUUGGAUUCAAGCACCUUCUGGCGUAAUGGGAUCCACAACAAUCACGUCAG